CUGCACAGGUGUGUGUGAUUAAACCACGCCCACCGCGACUCCGCCAAACCCCGCCCCUUUCUGGCUCUUCAGCGCGCGGCGUUUGUGCUUCAGUUGUUUCCCGGCGCGAGAGAGUGAGAGAAGCUGAAGACCAGCUGGAUAUUCCCCCACUCUCUCUCCUCCUCCUCCUCCUCCUCCUCUUCUUCUUCAUCUCUCUGUAUCCUCCUCUUCCUCCCCUUCACUCACCCUCCUCUACCUCACCCACAGCAGAGAGAGAGAGAGAGAGAAACAGAGAGAAAGUUACAGCAGGUGCAGCUCGCGAAGCUGAAUCCGUGUGGCCGGCUGACUAUGCCCCGGAGCCCAACGUCCAGUGAGGAUGAGAUGGCUCAGAGUUUUUCCGAUUAUUCAGACGAGUCUGCCUCCGACAGCUCCAAAGAGGAGACCAUCUACGAGACCAUAAAAGCCACAGCCCAGAGGCCCACCAGCCGCAUGGAGGACAUCCAGUCCAACUCGCUGGUCAUCAGGGUGGUCAUUCCUGACCUGCAGCAGACGAAAUGUAUGCGGUUUAAUCCGGACGCCACGGUUUGGGUGGCCAAGCAGAGGAUCCUGUGCACACUGAGCCAGAGCCUGAAGGACGUCCUGAACUACGGACUCUUCCAGCCCGCCAGUAACGGCCGCGAUGGGAAGUUUCUGGAUGAGGAAAGACUCCUGCGGGAAUAUCCACAGUCUAUUAGUAAAGGAGUCCCAUCACUGGAGUUUCGGUACAAAAGCAGAGUCUACAAGCAGCCCAAUGUGGAUGAAAAGCAGAUUGCCAAAUUACACACAAAGGCCAAUUUGAGGAAGUUCAUGGAUUACAUCCAAAAUCAGCAGGUAGAGAAGGUCUCCAAAAUGUUGGACCGAGGGCUGGACCCCAACUACCAAGAUCCAGACACGGGAGAGACCCCUCUGACCUUUGCGGCUCAUCUGGAGAACGGAGUGGAGAUGAUUAAAGUGUUGAAGAAUGGAGGAGCUCAUCUGGACUUCAGAGCUAAAGACGGCAUGACCGCUCUGCACAAAGCAGCUCGAUCCAAAAACAGCACCACACUGAUGACUCUGCUAGAGUUGGGUGCAUCUCCAGACUAUAAGGACAGCCGAGGCCUGACCGCUCUGUACCACACAGCCAUGGUGGGGGGCGACCCGGCCUGCUGCGAGCUCCUGCUGCACGAGCACGCCUCCGUCUGCUGCCAGGACGAGAACGGCUGGCACGAGGUCCACCAGGCCUGUAGACACGGUCAUGUCCAGCAUCUUGAGCACCUGUUGUUUUAUGGAGCAGAUAUGAGCGCCCAGAACGCCUCAGGAAACACUGCCCUACACAUCUGUGCCCUCUACAACCAGGAUAACUGUGCCCGGGUGCUGCUGAUUCGAGGAGCUGAUAAGGAGGUGAAAAACUACAACAGCCAGAGUCCAUUUCAGGUGGCCAUCAUUGCAGGAAACUUUGAGCUGGCUGAACUGAUCAAGAACCACAGAGAGAGCGACAUCGUGCCUUUCCGCGAGGCCCCAGCGUACUCCCAGCGGCGGAGGGGCCCUCAGCCCAACAGUCUCGCGGCCCCGCGGACGCUGCUGCGCUCCAACAGUGAUAAUAACCUCAGUGUGUGUGUUGGGAGCCCGGAUGUGGCCCCCGUCCUGAGUGUGUGUGUGGGGAGCCCUGAUGCGGCCCCCAGCCGGAGUCUCUCGCCGCAGCUGCUGCUGCAGAUGCAGAGGAACCCUAAUGGAACGGUGAGAACAGGAGGAGGCAGAGGGAACAAACACCAAACCCAGAGCAGAUCACCAUCACUCAGCCGCCUCGGUGAGGAACAGCGCCGCCCGCAGCCCAGAGCGAACUCCAGUCUAGACGGUCCUGGAUCCAGGAGGAAGCUGUACAGCGCUGUUCCCGGCCGACACUUCGUCGCUGUUCGACCCUACCAACCUCAGAGUGAGGGAGAGAUCACUCUGUACAAGAAUGACCGGGUCAAAGUUCUCAGUAUUGGUGAAGGCGGGUACUGGGAGGGCAGUGCCCGCGGGCAUGUGGGCUGGUUUCCUGCAGACUGCGUGGAGGAAAUUGCUGCCAAACCCAACGAGGAGAGACCGCAGAGUCGGGCAGAACGGACGGACAGGAAGAAGCUGUUCCGGCAUUACACCGUGGGCUCCUACGACAGCUUCGAUGCCUCCAGCGACUGCGCGCUGGAGCAGAAAACCGUGGAGCUGCAGAAGAAGCAGGAGGAGGGCUUCGGGUUCGUCCUGAGGGGGGCUAAAGCGGACACACCCAUAGAGGAGUUUACACCCACUCCCGCGUUUCCAGCACUGCAGUACCUGGAGUCGGUGGAUGAGGGGGGCGUGGCAUGGCAGGCGGGGCUUCGUACGGGAGACUUCCUCAUAGAGGUGAAUCAGGAGAACGUGGUAAAAGUGGGCCACAGGCAGGUGGUGAACAUGAUCCGACAGGGAGGAAACCGGCUGAUCAUUAAAGUAGUGACAGUCACCAGAAACCUGGACCAAGACGACUCCACCAGGAAAAAAGCCCCGCCUCCUCCAAAAAGGGCCCCGACCACCGCCCUGUCCAUGCGCUCCAAAUCGAUGACGUCUGAGCUAGAGGAGUUAGUUGAUAAAGCCACCUUGAGGAAAAAGAAAGGUGAUGCUCAGUCUUCUAAUGUUGAGGGUCUGAAGAAGAGGAUUGUAUUUCAAGUCACACUAAAUAAAGUGGAUGAAGUAGCACCGGCCCAGAAGACUGGCAGGGAAAAUGCCUCAGUGGACAUGAGGGUGGCCACAAUAAAGCCCCGGCCUUCCAGUCGCUGUAUAGCAACGCCCACAGAUUUCAAUUCCAUGUAUGAGCGGCAAGGGGUAGCUGUCGUCCCACCCACUGUUCCCGGCGGCCCCCAGGGGGGGUACCUGGGUAUACCUAAGGGCACGAUGAGGAGGCAGAAGUCUAUAGGAAUCACAGAAGAAGAGAAGCAGUUCCUGACUCCUCCAUUGCUGAAGUUCACCCGGAGCCUCUCCAUGCCCGACACAUCAGAAGACAUCCCACCUCCACCAGGUGUCUCCCCUCCAUCGCCCCCUUUUAGCCCUACUGCCCCAACUGGCCGAGGCUACAGCCCUAACCAGCCUGGCUUUGCCCAGCCUCCGUUGGGCAGAGGGUUUGGCAACGCUGGCACUGGCACUAUUCGUAGAGACCGGGUCGGGUUUCAGCUGCCGAACUUGGAACAGUUCGACACCCAAAACUCCCAGCAGAACAACCGCAAUCGGAAUAGGGCAUCAGUGCCAGAGAAUCCGUACUCGGAAGUUGGCAACAAAGCUCUUUACAUCCCCGCCAAGCCAGCCAGGCGGAAAGGUAUGCUGGUCAAGCAGCCAAAUGUGGAGGACAGUCCGGAGAAGACCUGCUCCAUCCCCAUCCCCACCAUCAUCGUCAAAGAGCCGUCCACCAGCAGCAGUGGCAAAAGCAGCCAGGGUAGCAGCAUGGAGAUUGAGACGACCACUCCAGAGCACUCAGCGGGUCAGCUGAGACCUGAAGACAGCUUCGGCGUCAGUAACCCAUUCGCAGCUGCGAUUGCUGGGGCGGUUCGUGAUCGAGAGAAGAGACUAGAAGCACGGAGGAAUUCACCGGCCUUUUUGUCUACAGAUUUAGGGGACGAGGACUGUCCCGCUCCUACCCCUCGCUUGCGGCAGUCCAAGUCCAUAGAUGAGGGCAUGUUUUCGAGUAAUGAUGGAUUACGGACACUUAUGGCACCACCAGCUUCGUUGCUGAGUGCCCUGCAGGGAAGUGGAGGAGGCGUGAGUGGCAAUAGCAGUAGCGGGGGAAAUGUGACGGACUUUAACACCCCAGAACCCACAAUCGUGCGGGAACCUCUUAAUACAAGAACUCGGAACUGCCUAGGAACUGAUCUAGACAGUCCUGUCAGCCUUCCAGCAUCGGUAAAGACUUACAAUUCCAAUGGAAGUUACCAUCAUCCGGUUACAGGCAAAUCUCUAGACCCCAGUUCCCCUCUUGCCCUGGCUUUGGCUGCCAGAGAUAGAGCAAUGAAAGAGCAACCACAGGCCCCUCCACCUCCACAAAAGGUAUCAGACUCCCAGAAACCAGACCUCAACCAACCCCUCUUCAUCGACACCAAGCUCCGCUCAGGCAUCUCAGCCAACUUAAGUCGCUCCAUGGGUCGCGGUGGUCUACGGAGGCAGAUGACAGAGACCAAAUACGAAACGGAUGGCUUGAAAGAUAGCAAGCAAGCCGAAGAGAAGAAGAACAUGCUGAUUGAUAUUGUGGACACAUCACAGCAUAAGUCAGCGGGGUUGCUGAUGGUACACACUGUAGAUGGCAUCAAGCCCAAGGAAAACAGCACAGGUGAUGGAGGGAAGCAGGAGGGCGUCCAUCUACAAGACGGUGUACCCACAGAAACAAGGGAUUCAGGUACCAAACCCACAGUGCCCAACUCUCAGCCACCUGCUCUACACCAAACCAAAAGCAUCACAGGCAGCUCCAUCGAUGAACCCAUCAAAAUACCCUUCCGUAUCCCCCCUCCACCCUUGGCUUCCGUGGAUAUCGAUGAGGAGUUUGUGUUUGCCGAACCUUUACCUCCUCCUUUGGAGUUCGCCAACAGCAUUGACAUCCCAGAGGACCAGAUAGCAGAAAUUCUGAAGCAGAGGAAAAACAGUAUGACCGGGGGACCCUUACCUCCGUAUCAUCCUCAUGCACCUCCGCAAAUUGGUGCGGAACACAAGCGUCCAAUUGGGAUCUCAAACUGCAUGCCCCCUCCCAGUUACCCCCCGCCUCCUCCUGAGAGCUUUGAGCCAAUCACAGACUCUGGAAUCGAAGAAGUGGACAGCCGGAGUAGCGGAGACCCCCACUUGGAGACCACCAGCACCAUCUCGACUGUGUCCAGCAUCUCCACGCUGUCGUCGGAGGGUGGCGAAGCGCUGGACACUUGCACGGUCUAUGCAGAUGGUCAGGCGUUCCUGGUGGACCGGCCUCCUGUACCGCCAAAACCAAAAAUGAAGCCCAUCAUCAACAAAAGCAAUGCACUUUACAGGGAUCCCCUGAUCGAGGAAGGUCCUGAAACCUUCAGUCAACCACCUCCUGCCCCACCUCCGCCACCGGACGGUGCUGCCCAGUCAGAACUGCCCAAAACACCCACUCAGAGAAGCUCCAAGCUUUGGGGAGACCCUCCUGAGCUCCGGAGCCCACCCUCAUCAAAUCCAGACCCUAAGGCCAACGUAAUUAAUGAACUGAGCUCCAUCCUGCAGCACAUGAACCGGGACAAAGUGCCCAAACCAGGAGACUCUCUGGACUCCCCGACUGGACCUCGGAGCUUCGCAAACAGGGAGGCUACCUCAGGUACCCAACGGACCACCACGGUGACCUUCGCCAUCCCGCCAACCUCUCCAUCCUCCAGCCUGCCUCCACACGGAUCCAGCCCCAUCUCCUCGCCCCCCUCCACAGGUCACGCCUCCUCCCUGCCAGGCUCUGCCUCCUCCCCCACCCUGACGGACGUGUUCGGCCUGCCCACUCCGCCCCUGGGCAGCCUGGGCUCGGGCAGCAGCCGCUCCCCGUCUCCGCUGACCCUCCUGCAGGCCGCCUCCAACAAGCCGUUCGCCAACAAACCCGUCCUGCUGUGGACGAAGCACGAUGUAGCCGAUUGGCUGGAAAGCCUCCACCUGGGGGAGCACAGGGACGCCUUCAUGGACAACGAGAUCGAGGGCUCCCACCUCCCCAACCUCCAGAAAGAGGACCUCAUAGACUUGGGAGUGACCCGUGUCGGUCACCGGAUGAACAUAGAGAGGGCGCUCAAGCUGCUAAUGGACAGAUAAAAGGGGCGGGAUCACACUGUACGCGUUUUUUAACGGACCGAGGCGCUUUUUUCACAUCGUGUCCGACGGGAGAGACGCGCUCUGCUUGCGUUUACUGCCCACCGGUGGCCGGCUGUCUCUUUCUGUGCCCAGAGUUGCCGAAAGUGAAGCGCAGCUCGAAAAGCAGUCAAGUAGCCUACGUCGUGAGCGUUUUUCGUUUCGUUUCGUUUUCUGUGCUGACCAAUCAGACGAACGGGAAGGCGGGCCUUCAGUGAGAGUUGUUCAACGUGAGGAGGGACUAGCGGUGGCGUUCGCUGGGUUUCCUGAGUUAUCUGAAUUAUCACGACAUAUCGAAGCAACAGCUAGCUAGCUGUGCUAGACAUCACCGACCUACUAGCUUCCUUUAGAUGCUAUAAAUGCAGCACUUAGACAGGAAUUUGAUGCUGUUGUUGUUAGGAAAAAGGGAGAAGCGCAGCCAGAAGCAGAAUUAGAAAAAUUCUCAACAUAAACCUCUGAGAAAAAGCCUUUAUUCCCCUUAUUAUCAGAGGGUCCAACACUCUUUCACACUUUCUCGCUAACUGUAGGUUUGUCUUACAUUCUGACCAUGCGGUUAUUAGGCUGCAUCAGAACAGGAGGAAGCUUCGUAAAGACUUCGUAAAGGCGUUUUUCACUCGUCCUUCUUCCACAGCUCACAUGUUUUAGACACAGUGGGAAGCACUUAUGGAGGUCUAGUCCAGUCCAGCCCAUUUUAGUGGUUCCCUUUCUAAUGCUGCUUAAUGCUACACUGCUGGAAGUAUCAUUACGUCCUACGAUUUAUAUCUGUAGAAAAUUUACAGGUUAACUGGUGAGUGAUAUGGCAGAAACAUUAUAUUACAAAAAUAACCACAAGCUGAUGGCAUGUUUCAAACUAGCAACAUUUUUAAAAAAUCUAAAAAAAAUGUUAUAAAAUACUAGGGAUACAACACAUUUUUGGCAAACAAAACUAUUAGGCUGUAAAUGGCCAAACUUUUGGUUGCCAAAUAUUUGGUGCAUCUCUAGUGUUUUCAUAGCAUUUUGAACUGAUUUAACAGAAUUGUUGCUAGUUGGAAACAUGCCACCAAUGUUUUGGGAUGACUUUGAGUUCAGGCUGGAGUUCGGGCAGCUUCUGCUUGUCAUAGAAAGCCAGACCUAGUAUUUUUUAUAGCAUUUUUAACAGAUUUAAAAUAACUGUGACACAAUAAAGUAAACUAAAAAUCUAAAAUCUAGUUUAAAAAACCUAAAAAAAUAAUCAAAUUAAUUAAUUCUAAUAUUCUGAUGACCCCAAAUCAUCGCCAUCCAGCUUCAGAUAAAAAAAUAUAGUAUUGUGCAAAAGUUAACGCACCCUUUAUUUAUUGAAUGAUUUCCAGUCAAAACAGUUUUAAAAUUUUCAGUGUGGAUUUUUUUUUUUUAUCAAAGUAGACGAGAAGAUUAGAUUUAAGAACUAACAGAGGUUAAAAAAGAUACUACUUUGUUCCUCUCUCGCUUCAGAUCUGGAAACAUCUCCAGAUGUCUGUUUAUGUUUAUGAUUUGUGCUUUUAAAAUGAAAAUAAAUAAAUAAAUAAAUAAAUAAAGUUAAUUAAUACUAAUGUUCAUCCAGCUUUAGAUUAAAAGUACAGUACUGUGCAA